AUGGUGCUGUCUAAUAAAGGAGGUCUCAGUGAAGCACUUUCUGAUAUGAUAGAAGAAACUUCUCCACCAGUAACAACUGAUGGCAUUACUACGGUGAAUGAAUCUGACCGUAACUCAAGCACUAGUGACACUACUGCAAAUGAGCGUACUGUGAGGUUUACAGUAAACAGUGAUGCCUAUUAUCGACAAGAAUUUGUUGGUGAUCUAGAAGAACAUUCUGCUACAAUUAAUUUGAAAAGCUGGAGGAAUAUGCAGACAAUUGAACAUCCGCCUAUCAUUGACUUUUAUCGUAAUUCAGUGGAUGAUAAUGGUGUGACUUCGAGGCCAUCUAUGAAACAAUUAAUUCACGGUGAAAAAGCCAAAGAUACCGUAAUUGGAAUUGAUGAAUUCAAGGCUUGUUUUAUAAAUUACGAAUUUAAAUUUGAACCGCCAGCGCCAAUAAAACGCACAAAAUUUGGUUGGAUUCAGGGUGUAUUUGUUCGCUGUAUUCUGAAUAUUUUUGGCGUGAUGCUUUACUUACGUGUAAGUUGGGUUGCUGGACAAGCUGGUAUUGGAUUGGGAUGCGCUGUUGUACUGCUCGCAUCUCUUGUAACAUUUAUAACAGCCCUUUCAACGUGUGCUAUUUGCACGAAUGGUGAUGUCAAAGGUGGUGGUGCAUAUUUUUUGAUUAGUCGUUCCCUUGGACCAGAAUUCGGUGGUUCUAUUGGGUUAAUAUUUUCUGUUGCAAAUGCUGUUGGUGCUGCAAUGUAUGUUGUUGGAUUUGCUGAAACAGUUCGAGAUUUAUUAAAAGAAAACAAUUACGCUAUAAUUGACAGUGGAAUGAAUGACGUACGAGUCAUUGGUCUCGUUUCUUGCUGCGUUUUAAUCGCAAUCGUAUUUGUUGGUACUAGUUUUGAAAGCAAAAUGCAAAUGGGUUUAUUGGCUAUUUUAACUUUAUCCAUCAUCAACUAUUUCAUCGGAACUUUCAUGCCACUUUCCGAACAUCAGCGAACACGUGGUAUCACGGGUUAUAGUAUUACUACAAUGGUCGAUAAUAUGUUGCCUAACUUUCGAGGAGGUGAAAGUUUUUUUUCAGUAUUUGCAGUAUAUUUUCCAGCAGCAACGGGUAUAAUGGCUGGCGCAAAUAUCAGUGGGGAUUUAGCUGAUCCUCAAAAAUCAAUACCAAAAGGUACAUUGUUGGCGAUAGCUGUAACGACAGUGGUAUAUUUACUAGUUGUUUUUUCAACUGGAUCAACGUGUGUACGGUAUGCAGAUGGCUAUCAAGUGCCGUAUAUAACUGAUGGAUCGUAUUUUGUUCCUGAUUGUGCCGUGAAUAAUACCUGUCCAUAUGGUCUAAUGAGCUAUUUUCAGGUGAUGGAAUCUGAGAGCUUUUAUGGACCGCUAAUUACAGCAGGUAUUUUUGCUGCUACAUUAAGUUCGGCUUUAGCUAGUCUUGUUAGUGCACCAAAAAUUUUUCAGGCCGUAUGUAAGGAUCGUUUGUUCCCAAAAGUUAGUUUCUUCGCAAAAGGUUACGGCAAAAAUGAUGAACCUCGUAGAGCAUAUGUUCUUGGCUUUAUCAUUGCUCUGAUAAUGAUACUAAUUGGUGAGUUGAAUGCAAUCGCGCCAAUAAUUUCAAAUUUCUUCUUGGCAUCCUAUGCACUUGUGAAUUAUUCUUGUUUUGAUGCGUCAUUUGCAGAUUCCCCAGGCUUCCGACCUGCUUUCAAAUAUUACAACAUGUGGGUGUCACUUACUGGUGCAUUACUAUGUAUCAGUGUUAUGUUUAUCAUUUCUUGGUCUACAGCUUUGCUCACAUUCUUCUUUUUUGCUAUGUUAUUUUUGUACAUAUUAUACCGUAAACCUGACGUCAAUUGGGGAUCGUCUACACAAGCACACUCUUAUAAAAAUGCUUUGCAAGCUAUGCAAAAAUUAGCGAUAACCGAAGAACAUGUCAAAAACUAUCGACCACAAGUAUUACUGUUAGCCGGUAAUCCAGCUGCUCGACCAUCUUUGGUUGAUUUCGCUUAUAAUAUUACAAAGGGAUCAAGCUUGAUGAUAUGUGGUUUUGUAGUUCCAUAUAUUUUCAAGUAUGAUCCAUGCGAUCGAGUUUUUGCUCUGCUGCGAAAGUUAAACGUACAAAUGAAUGAAUGGUUGAGAAAACGUCACGUAAAAUCAUUUUACGUUUCAGUAGCUAAUCCAAGUCUUCGUGUUGGUGCGCAAACAUUACUUCAGGUUGCUGGACUUGGGAAAUUAAAACCAAACAUUGUCAUUAUUGGAUUUAAAAAGAAUUGGGCUAUACGAGGAGUGGACGGAUUAGAGGAAAUCAACGAUUACUUUGGUGUUAUUCAAGAUGCUUUUGAAAGUCGAAUGGGAGUAGCAGUUUUGAGGAAUUCAGAAGGUGGACUCGAUUAUAGUGAGUUAAUGAAGCGGCAUAACGUGGGUGAUACUGCUCGGUUGAAUUUACCUGAUGUGGGCCGAUCUUCAAGUACUACUGGAAAUGAAAUAGAUAGAAAAGUUAAACAGAAUGCUAACAAGGAUCAACUGAGAAAUGCUAAUUCAACUAUGAAGUUUCAUCGGCAAAAUGCCAUUGAUGGUAUAAAAGUUAAUUCUACAGUCUCGGAAAAUUUAUCUCAGAAAUGGGCAAAAUCAGCUACAGCAAAUACAUCGAAUGCCUUAAGCAUAGAACAUUUUGAUGCUCUUAAUGAUUCCCUCCUUCUGGGGAAUAUUCUGUAUCUAGCUGGUAAAUAA